GGAGGCACGCGAUGUUCUCCUCCGGGUCGUCAUUGCCAAGACGACGCUGCCCGACGCUGUCUUGCAGAUGAGUGCAGGGUCUUCGUAUGCGACGAUGUUCCUGAGCGCGCUGUCCCACUGCAAGCUCAAGGAGCGGGCUACUUGGUAUGCACUUGUCUUCAUCAUCAUUAUCAUGGGCAUGCUGGUGUAUCUCCUCGAGUGCGCGGGCGUGACCUCGCUGAAGGGCCGAGCGGACAGCUGGCUGGCGUUCCUGGCGCGCUUCGCGGCGCUGCUGGCCGUCUUCGCGGUGUCCGCGGGGGUGUCCAGCGGGGCUGCGCGCCGCCCGCCGCGAACCGUGGAGGAGGGGCCCCCGCGGAGCCGCCGGGGCGCGGGGCCCGCGAGGAGGGCUCCGCUCUGCCGGAGCCCGCCGCGGGCCCGCGGGAGCGGGCGGGGCCGGCGGCGGGCUGCUGCAGGGCGGAGGCCCCGCU